GCCUACUCCAACGAGCGGGAGGUCGGCGCCGCCAUCCGCGACAGCGGUGUGCCGAGGGAGGACGUCUUCCUGGCCACGAAGAUCUCCGACCCCGCCGAGUUCGGGCAGCUGGAGCGGCGCUUCGAGGCCCAGCUCGCCGACCUCGGCACCGACUACCUCGACCUGUACAUGCUGCACUCGCCCGGGGGCCGCGAGGCGAACGAGGCCGCCUGGCGCGGCAUGGAGCGGCUGCACGACAGGGGGGCGGUGCGCUCCCUGGGGGUGUCGAACUUUGGGGCCGCUGAACUCCUGGAGCUCCUGUCUUUCGCGCGGGUGAAGCCGGUGUACUUGCAGAACAAGUUCAGCGUCUACAGCCCAGGAGAGCAGCAGGUCGGCGACGUGGCGAUCUUGGCCCUGGCGCGGGAGCACGGCAUCCAGGUGAUGGGCUACAGCGUCAUAAACCCGUGGCCGCUGAUGCUGCCCCCGAUGGAGGACCCCCACGUCCAGGCCGUGGCCGCACGGUGCGGCCGGUCUCCCGCGCAGGUGCUGCACAGGUGGGCGCUGCAGCUCGGGGUGGCAGUUAUUCCGAAGUCUGGCACCCCCGCACGGAUCGCUGAGAACUUGCGCGUGGCCGACUUUGACCUCUCAGAGCUGGACAUGCGGCUUCUCAGUGGCCUCGUUGUUCUGAGCGAGAGCAUGGAGGGAAAGCUGUCGCCUCCGUGGGCUGAUGACGUUUACGGCUUUGGCGCUCAGCUUGGCACCGCUGCUGUGUGA